AUGCCGUCUUCUUCUUACCCGACGCAAGCUGUAGAGCUAGAGACUCUCAAUUUCACUCGUGGAAUUGAUGCAACGCCGAAACAGCCUAACCCGGUUUUAUCCUCGGCAGGCCGGCGGUUAGGAUCUCACAGCGUUCAUGAUCAAGACCAAGAUCACCAACAAGCCAAUAUUACAGACGAUGAAGCCAUACCACCAAGGGCUGCUGUCGUUGUGGAGAAGUGGAACGAGCCAAUUGGCAACGCCUUUCGAGUUGCCUCUGUUUUCUUUAGUCUUUUCGUCUCGGGUGCCAACGAUGCCGCCUACGGUGCUUUGAUCCCUUACUUGGAGACAUACUAUGAGCUUUCGUACCUUGUUGUAUCGCUCAUCUUCCUUUCUCCAUUCGUCGGCUUCAUCGUUUCUGCAGCGACCAACAAUUAUCUUCACAUGAGAAUUGGUCAACGAUGGAUUGCCUUUAUGUGUGGUGGGUGUCACGCUUUGACAUACCUGAUCUUGUCCCAGCACCCGCCUUAUCCUGUCCUAGUCUUGGCAUAUGUUCUGGCUGGUCUGGGUAAUGGCAUCGGUCUUGCAGCUUGGAAUUCCUACAUCGGCAACCUUGCUAGGUCCAACGAGCUAUUGGGCUUCAUGCACGCAAGCUACGGUCUUGGAGGUACCGUGAGCCCUCUAAUUGCGACCAGCAUGAUUACCCAAGCCAACCUUGGCUGGUAUGACUUUUACUACGUGCUUCUUGGCAUGGCUGUCCUCGAGACUGCAACCCUCACAUACUCAUUCUGGCCCAAGACAGCUCAGAAGUAUCGCGAGACUGUCAAUGCAACGGACACCCGCACUCAAGGUACCCGAGCUGCACUGUUCGUCAAGCCCCACGCUCGUGUUGUUUGGCUCUGUGCCUUGUUUCUCCUCGGCUAUGUUGGUGUAGAGGUCGCCUUGGGUGGCUGGGUCGUGCAGUUCAUGUUACGUGUUCGUAACGCCGACCCUUUCGACGCAGGCAUGACAGCUGUCGGUUUCUGGUUGGGCAUCACAAUGGGACGCAUGAUUCUAGGCAUGGUCAUCCCAAAGAUAGGUGUCAAACUGUCGCUCAUCAUCUUCAUUCCCAUCACCAUGGCCCUGCAGCUCAUCUUUUGGCUCGUUCCUCAAUUUCAUGUGUCGGCAGUGGCUGUUGCUCUGCAGGGUUUCUUCUUAGGACCUAUGUUUCCAUGUGUAAUCGUGUCUGUCACGAUGCUUCUGCCACGGCAUCUUCAUGUAAGCGCCAUCGGAUUUGCUGCUGCGUUUGGAGGAAGCGGUGCGGCUGUGCUGCCUUUCGCGGUCGGCGCUAUUGCGCAAGCUAAGGGUGUUCAAGUUCUGCAACCUAUUAUCCUUGCCAUCUUGGUAGUCUUGCUAGGUAUCUGGCUUGGUUUGCCCAAGAUUGAGAAGAGAAAGGAUUAG